GCCACGGUCCGAGUGAGGACUACAAAUAACACCGGGACCCACUGAGAGACUCCAAAGUUAUUCCUGCCAGUCUCCCUCCAGUUACACUUGCAACCAUGAGUCAAGCACUGGACAUCGAGAGGUGGGACCUGGAGUACAAGGUUAAUAACCAAGCGCAUCACACGGAUCUGAAUGGAGUCGACCGUCUGAUCGUGAGAAGAGGACAGCCUUUCAACAUCAGCCUGUAUCUUGGCUCGGGAAGCUACCAGCCUGGAGUCAGCUCCCUGGAUCUCACCGUGGAGACAGGUCCACAGCCAUCAGAGGAGUGGGCCACGAGGGCCUCCUUCGGUCUCUCCACCAACACCAAAGCUAACCGCUGGAGCGCUGCAGUCGUCAGUCCCCCUGGAGAAAAAGUCACCCUGUCGAUCUGCUCGCCGCCCAAAGCCCCAAUUGGCCGAUACACUCUGACACUUGGCUCAUCCGGCCAGCUUCAGUUCAUCCUGCUGUUCAACCCCUGGUGUCCAGGAGACGCCGUGUAUCUGGAUGAUGAGCAGAGUCUGCAGGAAUACGUCCUAUCUCAGGAUGGAAUUAUCUUCCGUGGCAGCUACAAAUAUCCCGUAGCAACUCCCUGGAACUUUGGCCAGUUUGAGAGCAGAAUCCUCGACAUCUGUCUGCGGAUUCUGGAUACCAAUCCUAAAUUUUUCAACAAUCCUGCUAAAGACUGCUCUAAGAGGAGGAAUCCUGUGUAUGUGUCCAGAGUAUUGAGCGCCAUGGUCAAUUGUAAUGAUGAUCAAGGGCUUCUGUUGGGAAAAUGGACUGAUGGAUAUGAGGGUGGAGUCAGCCCGAUGUUCUGGAAGGGCAGCGUGGAGAUUCUCCGCAAAUGGGACACGCAACAGUGUCAGCCGGUUCGUUACGGCCAGUGCUGGGUGUUUGCAGCGGUGGCCUGCACUAUCUCCAGAGCUCUUGGCAUCCCCUGCAGAGUGGUCACCAACUACCUGUCAGCCCACGACACCAACCGCAACCUCAUCAUCGAACGCAAAAUCGACGAGAACGGGAAGCUUGUGGCUUCCAGAGAAAUGAUCUGGAACUAUCACUGCUGGGUGGAGGGCUGGAUGACCAGACAGGACCUCUCCGGGUCUGACUUCGACGGGUGGCAAGCCUUUGACCCAACACCUCAGGAGAAGAGCGACAAGGUCUACUGCUGUGGUCCCAUCCCUGUGCGGGCCAUCAAGGAGGGGGAACUCACCUUCAAGUACGACGCGCCGUUUGUGUUUGCUGAGGUCAACGCUGAUGUUCUCACCGUCAUGACGAAAGCGGAUGGAAGCACGUCUGAGGUGACCAGCGUGACUCUGGUGGGUCAAAACAUCAGCACCAAGAGUGUCGGCAGUGAUGCCAGAGAAGACAUCACUCACCUGUACAAGUUUCCUGAAGGUUCUGAUGAAGAGCGGGAGACUUUCAAAAAGGCCGGCCACCAGAAUAAGCUGCUCUUGGAGAAGGAGAACCAGAACCUGCAUCUGGCUAUCAAAGUCUCACCUGACAUGAAGAAAGGCUGCGACUUUGAUGUGUUCGCCGUCGUCACAAACAACACGCAGAGCAACAAAAGGUGUCGUCUGGUGUUUGGCUCCUACGCUGUGACUUACAACGGUGUCCUGGGGGGAAGCUGCGGCUUCAAAGAUCUGCUUAAUGUGGAGCUCUCACCGGGAGCUGCUCGGCAGGUGCAGCUGAGGCUCAACUACUCCAAGUACGGCCCCCUGGUCACUGACGACAACCUGAUCCGUCUGGGCGCUCUGCUGCACGAAUACACCUCUGACAAGGCCGUGCUGGCAGUGAGGAACAUUGUGCUGGAGAAUCCUCAGAUUGAAGUCAGAAUCCUGGGGGAGCCAAAGGAGAACCGCAAGCUGGCUGCCGAGCUGACUCUGAAGAACCCACUGCCAGAGCCACUGGAGAACUGCUGCUUCAGCAUCGAGGGAGCGAACCUGACUGGAGGAAACAUCAUCUCAGAGAGGCUAAACAGCGCAGUGGGACCCGGAGAAGACGCCCAAGUGAAAAUCUAUUUCACUCCCACCCACUCAGGCCUGAGGAAGCUGGUGGUCGACUUUGACAGCAACAGGCUGUGCCAUGUAAAGGGUUACAAAAAUGUCAUUAUCGGGAAAUAGUUCAGACAUUUAUGACAUUGGUCUUCAGUGCAAGCAGAUGUUUUUCUUUUUGGUCAAAGGUGUUAUAUGUGCAGCUGAGAUUCCCGCAUCUUGCACUCGGACAAAAGACAUCAGAAAAUGUUUGAUGUUUAUUUCUGUAGCAUUGUCAAGAGUGUCCACCUCUUAUGCAGCUGAUUUUCAUUGAGACGAUGUUUUGGACCCUUCUUAACGCCUUGUGAUGUGUCUUUAUACGCGCGGACAGGAAGCACAUCAUCUGUUUACAUCAGAUCAACUUUGACACACUUGUAUGUUUCAAAAUAAACUAUCAUACAAUGCAAACCCUCAUUUGUGCUUCAAAUAAAUAAGAAUGAA